AUGGCUAACAGAAUAUUGCGAGAUUUUCAGGUAGAAUUUUUUCGGUCGUUACAAAAUAUUUUAACAUCAUCAUUAGAAAAUACAACAUUUGAUUCUGCUGAGUAUUUAUCGCGACGACUUGACGAAUUAGAGAGAACUUUAAGCGUGCUUCUUCGAAGAAUUUGCGAAGCAUACCCAACAGAAAAUCAACUCUUGACGGAUCUCAACACGUUGUUAGAGAAUGUAUGUGAACGUAGGCAGCACUACCAGAAGCUUUCAUUUCGUAGAAUGCUUGACGAAGAUGAACAGAAUACAAGUUCUUUGUCAGUCGGAAUGAUUAGGUCAGGAGUAGUCGGUCGACCGAUUUUCGACAUUUCAGAGAACAUUCUCCAAGGUCUCCAUAAUGGAGCUGGCUUUCGUUGGGCGGAAAUCGCCAGAAAUUUAGGAGUAUCAGAAAGAACAUUGAGACGACGCAGACUAGGGUAUGGCAUGAGUAUUGGUACUAAUGAACAGUUUUCUAAUAUGGAAGAUGUACAGCUUGAUCUUCUGGUCAGACAAAUUUUGCACAUAACUCCAGGGCUUGGGUACAGAUUAGUGCAAGGUGCAUUACGCCAGCGCGGGAUGCGAGUUCAAAGAUGGCGCAUUCUUCAAUCACUUCAAAGAAUUGAUCCAAUUACUGCAACAUUACGCGAGUCUAGAACCAUUAUCCGGCGUCGAUAUUCAGUUCCUUGUCCAAAUGCAUUAUGGUAAGUCUGCUGAUCAUUUUGUACAUCAUUUAUACAGUAAUAUGCAAUUUUAAAGGAAAGACCCUACAGCAUGUGGAGAAAUAAAGUAUAGUAAACAGAAUGUGAUUUACAACUAAAGCAAUCGGUAAAUACGUAGGCUUAGGAACGAGGUCGCUGAUUGGUUCUUAUCUGUACUCUUUCAUCGCAACUCACCGCAAGUAUUAGCCAAUAGCUUUCGGUUUAUCAGAACCUUACUUCCGUUUCUUCGCAUGCCAUGUGACAUGUGCGGCGAUCGCAAAUUAAAAUUUCUUGCCGAUAAAUUGCGUCGUGGUUGGAUUUUCUGCGUUCUUGUCUUGAGUUGUUAUCUUCUCUGCGUUGUUCAAUUGAAUUUUGUCAUUCGAGGAAAGGCAUAGAUUUACUAAACAAAGGUAAGAAGCGUAUUUGUUUACAUGAUGUAAUAAUGAUACAAAUGUAUAUUUGGUUUUGGUAUUAAAAGUAUAUUUUAAAUUAUGUUAGGCAAUGGUUUUAUAUUGAAUAUGUUUAUGGCAGUAUUAAUUCAGAUGGUUUCAAUAUUUACGUACAGGUUUGAGCUUGGCGAAGCUUGGUGUUUUGUGUUGGCGAAGCUUGGUGUAUUUGUGGUCUUGACUGACUGACCAAGCAUGGCAUCUGGUUCAACGGUAAGCGCGUCUUUGCUUAAUGAUAGCAGAACCUAGCUAAGUAGCUAUAUCAUGUCUUUGCUUAAUGGCAGAACCUAGCUAUAUCAUCAAAAAUUUAGAUUCCCCAAUGCAAUCUUUCUGUGGUAUAAAAAAGAAUUACUUAUUAUAUAAAGUAUAAUGCUUUAUAGAGAUUUCGAGCACUGAUAAAAUCUCACAUGUGAAUCUCAUAUUUAUGACAAUUUAUUUAUGAUAAUUUCACAUGUGAAAAUUAUCGCUUUUCAAUUUAAUAUCGCUUUUCAAUUUAAUAUCGCUUUUCUGUAAAAAUUAUAGCUUUUCAAAGACUGUCCUUUAUAUAAUAAACAGAAAAAUACAUGGGUGCUUGGAAAUACCAGAUUUCUCGUGUUUUGAAAUAAAUCUGGUAUUUGAUGCUUGUGUGAUGUUAAUCUGAGUGUAUAUCCACACCGGGCAGGCUUGAAAAAUAUGCACUGGUCUUAGGUUCGAUUCCCACCGUGGCCAGGUCGUACGUUCGCAGGCUCCAAAGGUCGUAGGUUCGAUUCCCACCGUGGCCAGGCAUAUUUUUCAAGCCUGCCGGUGUGGAUAUACACUCCGAGUAACAUCACACAAGCAUCUUAUUCACCUGAGUACAUCACACCAACACAGCAAAUAUCAAAAUCUGGUAUUUCCGCACUCCCAUGUAUACUCUGCGAGCAAAGUCCUCUCAUAUUUCUUCUAAGCAUGGCAUGGAGAAGCGAGAGACUCUGCAGAACUUGUGUAUAUUCUUUGUGGAGGCGACAAACCAAACAACGUGAAUACAAUACAAUCCAAAAACUUGGAUAAUUAUGCGUAAUUUCAGGUUGAUACCGGUUUUAUAACCGGUUUUGAUCCGAACCGGAAACUACAGUACUUAUUAUAUCUUCUUCUGGAAAUAGGCAGUUGCUUAGCAACCUAAUAGCGCAUGCUCAAAUGAAUUAAUACACAAGUUCUGCUUUUCUCUGUGUCGUGCCGAGAAGAAAUACGAGAGGACUUUGCUCACAGGGUAUCCCAUGUAUUAUUCUCUAUUUAAUAUAUAAUUAAUUAUACUAACUCGUAUAUAAUUAAUUCUAAUUUACUAACUCUUCAUCUUUACUUGUGCAGAAUUCUAUCUUAGAAUGUAACUACUGUAAUUAAGGUUAUAAUUAUCACUUAUUUCUUGAGGUCUGGGAUCCUGUAGCUUUUUACAAGGGCAGCCCUUAAGGUCAUUGGGGCCUCUUGCCCCUCCUUGUCUAUGCCACUGGACCAAGCAAUUGCAACUGCAGUAUGAUUGGUUACUAAUAGUAUUAGUAACUACUAUACUAUUAGUAACUAAUUAUACCUUAUCUAAUUGGUUUGAUUUACAGUAUGUCCCUUACCUAGCCAUAAUAUUACAAAUUAAUAGCAUGGCAUUAUGGUUGAUUAGUGAUUAAAUGCCCCUCAAGCCUCGGGUACAUUUAAUUAAUCACUAAUCAAUCCGAAUGCUUACAGGAACGUGCCACAAUUAUUACUCACAGGAACAUGCCACAAUUCACUGGAGGGGGACUUGGAGGACCUUGUCUGAACUACAGUACAAUGGGAAUUAGGAAUGAUUAAUACUAAUUUAUUUUCAUAAACUUUUAGGAUGAAUCAAUUGUCUUACCUAAGUGGACAAAUCGUGGCACUGCUAGUUGUCCCAAAUGUGGCCAUAAGUACAUGACAGCACGGAAACCAAAGUUAUGUGAGGGAUGCCACUUUGAAAUAGGAGGUUCAUAUUUGCCUAAGCCAAAACUGAACAUUCCAGACUGUGUCAUUGUUUACAUAGAAGGUGAUACUUCUCUGUAUUCAGUAAACAGCAGCACAAGGGAUGAUCGGUGUUUGGUUUUGGUACAAGGAACAAAUUGCCUUUGUUACCAUGAGACAUGUAAACAACAACGAGCAAUCCAUCUAAGUUCUUCUUCAGGAAGGCCGUUUAGCUGUAAACACAGUGAGAAGAUAGAUAGGAAGCCACAAGAGCCAUUAGAAAAGUAUUUUUUAAGUGAUGAAUCCAUCAGAACCUAUCCAGCUGACAUUGGCACUCAAGAAACUAUAUUGUCUCUAAUGGAGAGAUUGUCAGCAUCACAAGCUGUUGCCAUGAAAGUGUCUGACAAAAAUUUUGUGGUUUAUGGAAAAGCAUCAACAUCAACUCCUAUAUGCUAUACACAUGUUCAAUUCAACAAGGUAGGAUUUGUUUUAAUAAAUGUUGUUUUGAUCAGAGUUUUACUAUAGUGUGAGGCAUGAAAAAAAGUGCGAGGUAGAAGUGCGAGGCAUGAAAAAAAGUGUGAGGCAUGAAAAAAGUGCGAGGCAUGAAAAAAAGUGCGAGGCAGAUGUGCCAGUGGGAGGUAGACACAAUGACUGACUCCAAAAUUUGACGAUAUUUAACAUAUUGAACAUACUUAACUUGACGCUGGACAAACAGACAAAUGUGAACGACAUUCUAGUUUUAAUAACAGUUCUGUCUAUACAUUAUAGUUUUAAAUAACUACAGCACUCCAGUCAAAACGUCAUUAACCUAGACAAUAGCUCAACAAGUGACAAGCUUCACUAAAAAUUAUGGAAUAUUAACUCUUUUCCGUUGUUCAUCUGUCAAUUGAAAAACUACAUUCAUACAAACUCGAUAAGGUUUUAUAUACGAAUUUCUGGGUAAUUUGGAAAUGCCAGUGUUUCCACUUUCAAGGAAAUUUCCUUUUUCAAGGAAAUUUUGACUGAAAAAAGACGUUUCAAGGAAAAAAAAGGAAUCAAGGAUAUCUAAGGAAUUUUUGAAAAUUCUAAGGAAAUUUAAGGAAUUUUUGAGUCAACUGAAAUAUUUUAAAGAUUCUUUCAGGAACCUUUCAUUAAUUUUAAAUUAUAUUACUUUCCAUCGCUCAUAAUCAAUAUGUCCGCGUGCAAAAAUAAAAAAAAAACUCUUUCGGAGCCUGUGACCGAGUCAGUAGAAUUACUAGAAUCUAGAAUGUUAAUUAAACUAAUUCACCUAUUCACCAAUAGCGACGCCAUCUUGAAUUUCGCUUUUAACGCAAUGCAUUAUGGGUGAUACAGGGUAAUUAAGUGUUUUUGAAGGGCUGUAAAUCAAAUAUGUAGGUGAUAACACACGUUUUUAUAGUUGAAAAUAACAGACAAUUUUUAGAAGAACUAGGAAACACAGGCUGGGAAAAAUAAAAAAAAUCAUGAUAAAAUCUAUAGUUUAAAUCUUUGUUAGGCCUAAAAAGGGAAAUAAUUUCAACAAAGUGCGCAUAAAAUUUAUUUACACUGCCCAAUUGUCCUCAAGAAAGUGUUUAUGAAAAAAAAUAUCGUAUUGUGUCUCAAUACGACAUCAAAGGCUUUUGAAUUCGGAUUUUUACCCUGGAUAACCCAUAAUGCAUCAUGAUUCAAGAUGGCGUCGCUAUUGGUGAAUAAGUGAAUUAUAAGUAGGCUUCACACAACCUGAAUUAAAGGCGGAAAUCAGGUAGCGUGCUGCGUGCAGGCGAAUUUAUAUGAAUUUAUUUGUCGUGUGAAUUUGUUGACUUUUGAGAACAAUAUUAAAACUCUAGUAUUUUACAUUUUAAAGCUUUCAAAAUUGUUGUGUAAAGGCUUUGUUUUUAAGAGUUGUACAAAAUAAAUGUACCAUUCUGUUUCUGUCUUACUUUAUAGAAGUAUUGAUGAAUUCUAGUUGCCGAAAUAUACUUCGGUUAAUCAAGGAAAUUUCAAGGAAAUUACAUCCCAUUUCAAGGAAAUUCAAGGAAAUUUUAAAGCAAAAUCAAGGAAAUUUGAAUGAUGCGUUGUGGAAACACUGGGAAAUGCAUUCAAACCAAGGGCCCAAGGGCAGUAGAAAAAAAGGCUCGUCAGUACUCGCGGGAUUGCCUCGCAUGUCUCGCAGCCUUCCUCGCAUCAUUCGCAUGCCUCACGGGCUUGCCAUUGCUUUGCUGCCUCGCAGUUUGUGUGCACCCUUUUGAUCAAGAGGGUGGUGUAGUUGGCUUUCAGGCUAUAUAGUUGUUGGUUUUUCAUUUGUUGCAUCUUUUUCACAUUAUGAAAGUGGUGUUGACUUGCAGUAACAGUGUAUUGUAAGUACAUAGCUUAGAAUGGAAAUCUCAUUGUUACCAUGACUCCAUUUGGGAUUAUAUCAGAAAUUAGUUUUGUCAGUUAGAUUUUGAUAUCGGCUGUGUAAUAUCAAUGUAAACUCAUGUACAAAAAAUUCCUCAAUUAUAUAAUCAAUAGGUAUGAAUAUAUAGUAUGCCCAUUUAGAGUGACAAUAGCUAUUACAAUCAUUAAUAAUUAAUCAUACAUUUUCAAAUAGUGCUGCUAACCACCCUAUAGUCUAAUAACGUACGUAAAGCAGAUACAUUAGCUAUAAAUUUACAUGUGCAUUUAAUUUGAUUUAUGGUACCCUUUAUAUAACGUACUUUAGGUGAGUUUACUAAACUCACCUAAAGUAUGUAAUAUAAAGGGUACCAUAAAUCAAAUUAAAUGCACAUGUAAAUUUAUAGCUAAUGUGUCUGUUUGUUUGUCCAUCUCUAAUUUUUUGUCAGGGCAACUACAUCUGCUCCUCCAAAGACUGCAAAAGUCGUGGUGGCAACACAAAACAAUUGAAGUCAAAGAAGAUCUGCCUACAUGUACAUGUUUUGCUGUGUGUUCUAAGAGAACAUGUUAAACCAACAGUAGACCCAACUCCAACAUCCCCAGAAGAAAUUGCUGAACCUCGAACUAGCUCAGUUUGUCGGCAAAGAACUGUGGACUUAAUGGCUCGGUGUUCCCUACCAUACCCAGUGCCGAAAGAAUUUAUAAUCAAGUGCCGAAAGAAUUUAUAAUCAAGUGCAGAAACAUUGAUGCCUGGAGUACUGCAAGGAUAGAAGAUAAAUCAUGGCCAUCUUUAUUUAUACCUUCACAAGAAUCAUGUGAACUGUGCGGGACUCAACUGAGCUUACCUAAAACGAAGCCAGGCUCAGAUGGUAAAGCAUUUCUCAUGACACAUCAGCGUAUGUUUCUUGUGGUUCAGGUAUUGGUCAAAUUCUGCAAAAAUCCAGAAUGCCGAGCAAUGCAUCAAGUAUGGCCUUUGAGUGAUGGUAAGUAUCAGCACAUUUUUAGAUAAAAAAAUGAGGAAGACCAACUAGGUUCUAUUAGAAAAUUCCACUUUGUCCAGGUGCAUGUAAAGCAUUGCCUAAAAUUUGAAUAAAAAUGGUUGUCACAAGAAUGAUGUUUUUAAAUAUAUAGAGGAUAUUACGCGGUUACAAAGAGAUAUGGAUUUUAUGUUUGAGUGGCAAAAACAAUAUCGAUAUUGUUUUUGACACGAGAACCUCGACGAGAACAUAUUAAAAAUCCAUAUCUCUUUGCAUCCGUCUAAUGUUCUGUUUAUUAUAUUUGGACUUACUCAGAGUGACAAAAAUACUGUACACACAAAGACGACAUGUAAAUAAGCACGCGAAAGACCAGUAUAAAAGCGAUAUUUUUAAAAAUUAUAGUCCAAACAUAAAACUAGAAUAAAUUUUGCUUAUCUCAAGAUGUCUUUUAAAUGUUUUGGUUUUAUUUCCAACGUCAAUUUCGCACAACUGGUCCCGGAUGUAGUGACGUAUGAGUUCUACGAGUGUUUUAGUUUCCAAUAAAGCACCAUUGUCCAUAUAAUAAAAAUGAAUAAUGAUAGUUGGAAACACGUAAAAAAGUAUGGGGGUUCAAAAAAUUUUAAAUACAAUGUGGUUGGCUAGAAUACCCCUAGCUCUAAGUUGAUACAUAUAUUCAGUAGCAGUUAAGAUAUGUUUCUAAAAAACAUUUAAAAGUCAUUGGUCUACUUACUUUAGCCAAUGGCAAUGUGCAUUUACUUUACUCGUUAGUUUAGGCUUGUUUUAGGUGUCAGAUCCAGGGGCGUAGGAACCGUGGUGGCAUGGGGGCACAUGCCCCAAAUUUUUUCAAAGGACUAAAAGUGCCUUUUUUGUGAUGAAAAGUGCCCUUUUUUGUGAUGAAAAGUGCCCUUUUUGUACAAGCUAAUGUCGCUGUAAAUACUCAAUUAACAUGAAAGGUGCCCUUUUUGUUUGCAAAUUUCCAAGUUUUAAAAAAAAAUUUGGUCAAAAACGUGCAAUUUGGGUAUGGUACGACGGGAAUUUUUUUCUUCUUCCCCCCCCCCCCGUCGCCCACAUUUCCGGGAGAAAAUUUUUUAGGUGCCUUAACAAUACCCUAAAGUGCCCCUAGAAGCCGGUGCCCCCCCCCCACCCAAUCUUUUGAUGCUUCUUACGCCCCUGUUAAUCAGAUCUCCUCGACAUGCGUGACAAAUAAUACCUUUUUGUCAAUAAUUUAAUUAGUGGGAAAUUCAACUGGAACCAUUAGUUCACAACAAAUGUCUUAGAUAUUCCGUCUUUUUUAUUGUCAUUCCCUGGCGGCCCAGCGGGUUAUAGAUUCAUGUCUCGCUAAUAGGGUUAGCGGUUAGGGUUAGGGUGGGGAUUAGGAUUAGCAUUAUAAAUAGCGAGACAUGAAUCUAACAAAGUCGGCGGGACCCUGCUAUCCGCUGACCAAACAAAGCAGCCCAAACCUUUAAUUUAAAUAUGUAUUUCAUGCAUUCCAGGUCUUUUUAAUAUUAAUGACAAGGUCCUGCUUGCACUGGAGGUUUUGGUGGAAUGGAGAGAGCUGUUUAAGAGAGGAGUACCUGUCAAAGUAUUUGUUGAAAGUACAAUCAGAUCAUGGUGCGCGACGACAUGUCCGAGUGUAAGAAAACCACAAACACUAUUUUAUAACAUGAGUGUAUGUAUUUUGUGUGUGUAUGCAUAUAUGUAUUAUAAUAUGUCACUGUACGUAUAGUCACUACAAAUAACCAACUGAAGCCUCUUUACGCGAAGUACAUUUUAGAGACAAACAUUAUUUCUUUUUCAGGAUGUUAUUCUGUCAAGUGGUCAACAAAGGUACUUGGUGGAGCUACUGUACAAUGGGUUUUACUGUUUCGAGGCUAUCACAGAAAGAUCAUUAGAUGACGUUAUCUGUGGUGUCUGUGGUGUUGCAGGAGAGGUUUAUUGUGGCGAUGGAAAUGAAAAGAAUUGCUGUGAUCUGAGUUGCAUAAGUGUAUAAAUGUUACUGUAAUAAAAAAAUUCUUUGAAACCAUGUUGGCCCAAGUAAUUUACCUGUCAGAUACCAUAAAUUAUUAAGUUUAGACUUUGUCUUUUUCUUAGGUUAAUUUCAAUAAUUCCUGCUCAAAUAGUGAGUGUGAGCCUGUUCCUUUGGAGGACUUCCUUAUCAGGUUAAAAAAAUAUUGGGUGGAGAAAACCACAUACACAAAAACAGAACUAGAUGAUGGUAAGGUCGAUGCCGCAACAGUACCUCCUAUCAUUGCUCCAUCCGCUAGAGCGGAGAAAGUGUACAACACGGAGAUGCAGAAGCGGAGUGUGUAUUUGAAGCCAAAAAAAGAAAUAAACGGUGGGUACACUGUUUUAUCUCAGAACAAUUGCGAUGGAAAGUCAACACACUCAAUUAGUUGUUAUGUAUUUUAGGUGACCCUGCAGUUCUGCAUGCGCUGAUAAAGUCAAAGAAUCUCGACAUGAACGAUAUGGAUUUGUGGCAUACUGAUUCUCUGCGUGCCUUAUGUCAAGCUUGUGAUAUAAAUGUUGCUGGCAUGUCAAACGUAAGAAAAACUUUAAAGAAAAACUUUAAAUUUGGGUGAAAUGACUUUAGCAGUUGGAUAAAAAUCCAACUGCUAAAGUAAUGAGUAAUGGGAGAUCACCGAAGCUAGUACUGUAUCAUGUGAUGUAACACAAACCGUGCUUCGUGCGAAAAGUCACAAGAGAAAAAAACAGGCCUGCAACGGUUUAAAACAGAAGGUUUUUUUUUUCGUUUUAUGCACAAACCUGAUCAUUAAAUCCAGUGUAUAGUUAUAUAAUGGAGUUAUAGUUAUAUAAUUUAUUUAUUUUUUAAUUAAGGGUCUAAUGGUUGCUGAGCUUCGAUCGCUGUAUGCAACAUUAUUGGUUGGCACCUCUCCAUGUCACAAAUUUACGAAAGUUAGCGGACAUACUGGGGGAUUCUAUCAUUUUGUUUGCCGCCAUGGGGUAUUGUAUGACGUUCUCUUUUCAGCUAAAUUCACAUGAUUAUAAGACAUAUAACAUUUCAUUUUAAUAUUUGUUUGCACAGGCACAUGUACUGUACAUGUAAACUCGAAUUUUUUAUUACAUUUAAGACAACAGUUGGAUCAAAGUUCUUGAUGCUUCAAGAGUCUGUUCGGGAUGCAGCGGACAUAUAUCUUUCCCUGAAAUACCCACCGACGCUUUUCGUGAAUGAUACGCCAUGCACUUUUUCAAGGCAUCUUGAUAUUCGAGCGCCGAAUGUUACGAAAUAUCUUUGGGGAGAUAACGUUGGAUGUUUCGAACCACCAAGCUUAACUCUUUCUCGACAUGUGACAUUUUUCACGGCAAGCAAUAUUUUGAUUCAACUGUUUUAUAACGUAAAUAUUUCAGUGCGUAUUCACCCCCCUUAAAAACAAAGAACACCAUUGGAAUCUUAACAAAAUAAGCUUUUCAUCGGGGGGUCUAAUGCCAUCAAAACAAAUACACAAACCGAAACAAUCAUAUAUUUACUCACCGCUUGGCCAAACAUUCUGUAUUUUCAUAUGGAGAAAAUGUUGAAUAUUUUCUAAACUCUUCAGUAUUCGCCGCAAGUUAAUGUUAGUGAAAUAUUCCUUGUAUUCAAGCGCUUUUAUGUAGAAAGUUUCAUUUGAAUACGGCAAGUAGAAAUGUUUAUUUUGUUUUUUUCAAAAUAUCGGGUUUUUACUCGCACGUGCGUGCUGCAUGUAAAAUUGGCCAAUAAGGGGUCUCCCGUAGCCCAGUGCACGUGAAAAGCAUGCUUCAGAUGUAAUUUGAUCUUUAGAAUCGAUUUCCGAUGUUUUCCGAACGCUAGGAUGUAAACACGCGAUGUUUUGGCAGAUCUAAAAUGUAUUUCCGGUUAAAAAUAUCCCGCUGAUUUCAUUAGUUUCGCAACAGAUUGAAAUACCGAAAUAAAAGACGAAAAACUAAGGCUACAAGCUUGAAAAUAACACUUUCAAUAGUGUUUUUGAUUCUGUUUCGAAUAAGACUAUAGCGAAAACGAUAUCUCAAAAGGGGCCGAAGUUAUGUUCGGCAAAAGGUAUUGAUAGUUUACAUUGUUCGAGACAAUUGAUUAAUGUAAUGAAAUAUGACACCGCUUGAUCUGUCGAAAGGUCAUAAAUUGUUAUACAAUUUCACUAAAAUUAUAUUUGACUAAAACUAUCGACAGGUAUAGGAGAUAUUGUUUCACUGAAUCGAAUGGUGGUAUUUUCAUCUACAUAGCAUGCACCCAACUGACGAUAUGACCCUGCAAAGUCGUAAAUCAUGAGUGAUUUACUUAAUAGGGACCUGUCGGGAAAGAGUUAAACAAGUGUCCAUCCCAGGUAUUGUCUUUUGCAGAAUAGUUGAUAUUGGAACAUUUCACACCAUUAUACGUACAUUACAUGUUUCUGAAAAUAUUGCUUCUUUGUUAACUAAAUCACAUACAAAUGACGGUGGCAUUUUUCGAGGGAUUUGCGUGGUGAUUCCCUCUUGCCAUGGAAUGUUUCUUCAGUUCUGGGCAAGAUAUUUUAAAGCCAUUUAUAUAUUUGAUCAUACUGUAUGGCACAGUGUCGAAUUUGCGUGACAAGAUGCCGGGAAAGCAACUCCCUGUUUUUCGGAGUUUCGUGUGAUGAUAGUCAUGAAUUAGUUUUAGUUUGUCUGUCUACGAUGUUUCGUGAAAUCUAUUCAUAAAAUUCGCAGACAUUUCACGUAUACAACAGAACAUAAUGUCAAUCUCGAUAACACAUCGACAACUUCCUUUGAAAAAAUGUUGCAGUUUCAAUUAUUUUGUAAUUCGCGUUUUAAGACGAAAUGCUAUUCCAACGUUUUACCCUGAUGUAUGCCUCCGCUCGAAAAGUCCGUAUUUUGUUCACUUAAAUCUGUAAAGGCACCAUUUUGAUUUGUUGAAUUUCGCGUUAACUGAAAAUUACUUUUUUAUCAAGGUUAGCGUUCCUCACCUUGUGCCACUGGAAUUUCAAUCUAGUAGAAUGGAGUAUAAGGACGAGCAAGAGCUUCAAGAGUGGGAACACCCUGUGACUGGUCAUAGACAUCGCUAUGUUGUGGGGGAUAGAUUUCACUCCUCGACAAAUCCCCACAAAUCGCCUCUAUGCAGAUUUCAUGACUUGGAUUUAUGUGAACAGAAGAAUGCCAUUAAGACGAGUUAUCAGGAGAGCGAAAACAAUAGAAAAAAUUUUUUACGCCUUAGGAGCUCCACGAUGCAAAAAUUUUUGGUUCAUUUCCAUUACAAUUACCUCAUGGACUACUACCACAAUGAGAAGAUUGUGGAAUAUCUCACCACCAAGAUGCUCAGUCGUGUAAGAGAAGAUGAGAAAUUAGUUCUAGGCCCAUAUCAUAAACUUGUUGUUGAAAAAAAAUAA